UUCGCAUCUAACUUCAUAUCAUUACAAGUAAUUCUGACAACAUGGCGACUGGUGUGAAAUUUUAUAACGUUGAAGUAAACGAUUUUAUUGCCAGAAAACAGACAACUCAUCCAGAAUUGUCUGCAGAUUGGCUUAAACUAGAAGAGCUGUACAACAAAAAACUAUGGCACCAACUGACGUUGAAGAUCCAGGAGUUGGUGGAGAAGCCCAGCAUGCAGGAGGCCGACCACCUCAUCACUCUAUAUACCAACUUUGUCAGCUUCUUUGAAAACAAAAUAAACCCGCUCUCCCUGGUGGAGAUCAUAGCUCACGUGAUCAAGCAGUACACCAACAAGAAGGAAGCCAUCGCCUUCCUCGAGAAGAUCGAGACCAAAGUCAAGGCUAACGAUGAGGCACUCGCACUUUGUAAGGUACUCCAAGGUCAGAUCUACCUAGAAGACCUGAAUGACCUGGAUGCCACGGAGAAGAUCAUCGAAGAGUUGGAGGGCAGCCUGGAGGACGCCGACGGAGUCACACCCGUGCACGGACGGUUUUAUAAACUCGCUUCUGAGUACUACAGAGUCCGCGGCCCCCUGGCCCGCUACUACCGCGCAGCACUCCGCUACGUGGGGUGCGCGGGCGGCGGCUCCGCGCUCAGCCCCGCCGAGCGCCGCGACACCGCGCUGCGACUCGCUCUAGCGGCUGUGCUCGCGCCUAAUGUGUAUGAGCUGGGGGAACUGCUGGCACACCCGAUCCUGCAGUCUGUAGCGGGCACGAGCGAUGCCUGGGCGCUGGAGCUGGUCCGAGCGGCGGCUUGCGGGGACGUGGCGCAGUUCGAGAGGGUUAGGGCUUCGGCCCCGCAUCCAGACCUGGCCAAUCCGAAGCCGCAUUUGAGGCAGAAGAUUGCUAUAUUGUGUUUGAUGGAGAUGGCAUUCAGCCGCACAUCAGCGGCUCGCAAGCUGACGUUCGCGGAGAUCGCGCGCGAGGCCCGCGUGCCGCACGACGACGUCGAGCUGCUCGUCAUGAAGGCCUUAGCCGAGAACCUCAUACGAGGACAUAUUGAUCAGGUGAACAGCACAGCGCACAUCGGCUGGGUGCGGCCGCGAGCGCUGGGCCGGCCCGGAGCCGCCGCCCUCGCGCGCCGCCUCGACGCCUGGUGCUCCGCCGUCCGCGCCGCCACCGACCUGCUCGCCGGCGCCGCGCCAGACCUGCUCACCGCCUAGUGCCGGGCACCGGGCUGCAGGGGGUGAAGUAGAGUUAAUUAUAUGGAAUGUUGAAAUCUUACUUCCGAAUACCUUAUUUACUUAUAUCUAAUAUUAAAAAUUUAUUGUAAUA